AUGGACCGCUGCGGCCCCGCGGGCAGCCCCCUGAUCUCCGACCACGAGCCCGCGCCCCCUGCCGCCUCCUCCACCCGAGACUCCAGCCCCGGGCUGCCCGGGCCGGGACCGGCGGGCGCGGGCGGCGGCGGCGGCGGGCGCUCGGGGGGCGGCGGGAGGCCGGCGGCGGCGAACGCGGCGCGGGAGCGCAGCCGGGUGCAGACCCUGCGGCACGCCUUCCUGGAGCUGCAGCGCACGCUGCCGUCCGUGCCGCCCGACACCAAGCUGUCCAAGCUGGACGUGCUGCUGCUGGCCACCACCUACAUCGCUCACCUCACCCGCAGCCUGCAGGGCGACGCCGAGGCGCCGGCGGACCCCGGGCUGGGCGCCCUGCGUGGCGACGGCUACCUGCACCCCGUCAAGAAAUGGCCCAUGCGAUCAAGAUUAUACAUUGGUGCUACUGGUCAGUUUCUGAAGCAUUCUGUCUCUGGAGAAAAAGCAAAUCAUGGCAAUAUUCCAACAGACUCACAGCCUUAG